UUGUUCUUCCCCCUCUUUCCCUUUCUAUUGUGUUUCUUGUAACGGAAUCGGAACGAGGAGCCCGACCCAGAUCCAACUCGGCCAUUUUGCCAACAACAUCGGUUGCUUGUGUGUUCUUUAUGCGGCGUUCGGUGACUGAGCUGCAUGAUGCAAUGUCAUGCAUGUGGCAAAUGACCCGGGAUCUUGUGGCAGCAUGCAAGUUUCAGAGUAUUAACAAACCAUGCCCUAUUAUGUAUUGUCAGAAGUGUCUCUUGAACAGAUAUUGCGAGACGGCUGAAGAAGUAGCUAGUUUGGAGCAAUGGACUUGCCCCGAAUGCAGGGGCAGCUUUUGCAUGAAAAAGGAGGUGACAAACCCGCUGGUAUUCUCACCAAUGAAGCAAAAGCUAGAAGAUUUUCCUCUGUAUCUGAAAUGCUACUUAGAACGACGCCCUGCAACCAAAUUUGCUGCAAAGAAAAGCUUCUUCGAAUUGCAUGCAUGAUUUCCUAUUUUUCACAUGGACUGCCACGUGCGCUAAAAGUUGUUUCUCUUGUUAAUGAUGUGGCACAGUCUUUAAAAAACGCAUGCCUUCUUAAAGCGCGAUUUUAAACUUUGAAAUAAGGAUUUAUAUGUCCAAAAGGGUAAACUCAUUUAUAAAUCACAAAUGCGGAGACCCUGAAACCCUAGCCAUACGAAGUAUCCGGCGGCGCCGCGCAUCCUUCAUUGACCUUCCGUCAGCAACCCUCGUGUUCUCUGUUGAUUGGCUUUGGCUUCUCUGAGAUCAACACUCCGCAUUCCUUCCAGGCACCCCAGUAGCAGAAAUGGAAUCAGUUAUAUUCUUUUUAUUAUAUGAAAUAGGUUUUGGAAUUUGGAUGAUGUUUUGUAGAACUAAGAAUUCAGAUGUUGUAAGAACAGAGCCAUUAGUGGUUGGAUCUGGUGGCCAUGUGUACUGGAAAUCAAACUGUUUGCGAGAUUCUGAAGUGCUGCAUCAAAGUAAGUCGCUGAAUAUUUUGAAUGUGAAAUAGUUUGGAUGUUAUGUUUUUAUUAAGAAAGAGUUGUUGGAUGUUGUGGCUUUUCA